AUGGCGACCGCAAACAAAAAGCAACAGGCGCAGACUUUAACACUCUUAACAAUAGAGACAUUGGAAAGGGAAUUACACAAGAAUUUGAAAAGUUAUGAUGAUGCUUGCAGAGACAAUUUGUUGGAAGAAGCAGAAACAGCUUACGAACUAGCUGAUGACAGAGCGCUAAGGCUUCUUAAGCAUUAUAGAAAUGUCAUACCCCAACUAGACGCCGAGAUGCAAGCAAGAUAUGUCGACAAGCACGAAGAGUUUGUAGACCGUCAUCAUACAAUGGUUAUCGAUUGGAAAAGAAGAAGGCCAACUGCACCUUCGGAAAAAGACCCCUCUGAACAUUCGGAAAAUUCGGAUGGAGAAGAGACAACUCCGGCAACAGCAGGAAACGUUGCGCAAGCAACAGGUGUACAAGCAGCCAAUACAGUUGCACUGCAACAACAGCAAAACAUCAUGAGCAUUGCUCAUCUGCUACCAAGAAUUGAAUUAGCCAAAUUUGAAGGGGAUUCAAACAAAUGGAGAGAUUGGUGGGCGAUUUUUCGAACACUUAUCCACGAAAAUCCAUCACUACGACCCAUCGAAAAAUUCAGCAGAUUGAAGAUGCACAUGAGCGAAGACGCUGCUGGUGCAAUUUCAUACCUGGACUUAACAGAAGAAAAUUACACCAAGGCAAUCGACAUUUUAUAUGGGAAAUACAACAGGCCGAGAUCAGCAAGAGCAGACCACUACAUCGCAAUUACGGAAUUGCCUAGGGUAGAUCGAGUAGAAGACUACAAGGCAAUGAGGAAGUUGCACGACAGAGCAAUGGGUCACGCCUUGAAUCUUGGCGACUUCUUUUCAAGAUGGCAUGGGGAAACAAGAAGAUCCCGUAAAACGUUAAAAGAUCUCUUUACCUUCAUCGACAGUGUAGCAGAAGAUUGGGAAUAUGCGUUCUCGACUGAAAAGAACGAGAAGAAAAAACCUAAGCAAGAGGCUACUGAAAAAGCAAAUCGAGUUACAUUUGCAUCCACACCAACGGCAGCGGAAUUAGCAGUGACAGGAACUGCAACAAUACAUCCGAAAGAUCGAAAAGAGAAGACCUCAACAACAAUAAAAAAACCAUGUUUGUUCUGCAAAAACAAACACCCCACGUACAAAUGCGAAGUCGCAAUAGAGAAGAAACUAGAGCAAGUUCGGAAGGAGAAAAGGUGUUGGAGGUGCCUCGGACAGAGUCACCAAGUGAGAGCCUGUUGGAAGACAAGCAAUUGCGCCAAAUGUGGCAAGGGUCACCAUACAGCCAUCUGUAAUCAGACAGUUCGAGCGAAAACAGUGACAGCUACGGUAGCAGCGUCCCCAAUGUUAAAGGCAGCAGAUGACGCUCCACUCUCAAUAGAAGCACGCCUAUUCGGUGGCGUGUACGUCCAAACAGCAACUGUUAUAGUGGAAGGGCCAAACGGUUGGCACAAAGCUAUAGCGUACAUUGAUCAAGGAUCGAAUGCAACACUGAUUCGAAGCGAACUCGCUCAAACUCUAGGACUUCAGGAAGUGGGAAAAAUCAAAUUGAAACUUCAGGCAGUGGGUCAUCUACACCCAGAAAAGGAACGAAGUGUAAGAAAGUUACGACUACGCGGGAUAAUUCCAGAUGCCGAAUCAAUUGAUUUAGAGGCGAUUGAGCAACCCGAAAUAGGAAAGGUUGCUGGAUCGACAAAGACCGAAUUCGUCAGUGAACUCUGGAACCAAGGUUACAAGUUGGCUGAUGAUAGAAUUUUGAGCGGGACAGCAGGACCUUGCCAAAUAGACAUUUUGAUUGGAGCCAAUCAAGUCUGGAAGGUACUAGGCUCAAAACAGAUCGUUUCGAAGACUGGAAUUAGAGCCAUCGAAAGCAAAUUGGGUUGGUUACUACUUGGGCAGGAUGAGACAGUUGCGAUUUCAACCACUACGGCGAUCGGCUUCCUCCUAAAGGCAAAAGAAGGAACACCACAAUACCCAAUGCAAGGCCCGAAUUCGAACAGAAACGAUGAAAUUGAAUUUGUGAAGUGGUGGAAAUUAGAAAGUCUAGAUCCACUAGAAAAUGUGCCACUUUCGGAUCGCUGGAAAUCUUAUACAGACUCCAUCAAACAAGACGAAGAUGGACAUUAUGUCGCACCGCUCCCAUGGAAUGGAAACAAACAAAGAGUGAGCAAGAAUGACGCCAUGGCAGAAGGUCAGGCAAGAGCGCUGAUGAAAAGGAUGGAGAAGGAUAACGAGAUGAAGACUUCAUACGAAGCUGAGUUCAGAAAACUGAAAGAACUUAGAUUCAUCUCUAAAGCAGACACCAAUUUUAAGGGUAUCUACACGAUUCUACCCCAUCACCCAGUUGUCCGUAAAGACAAAAUCACCAGCAAAGUGAGACCUGUUUUCAAUGGUUCUGCGAAGCCGAAAACAGGAUUCAGCGCCAACGACUGUCUCGAAGAAGGACCCAAUCUGAAUCCUGACAUUCUUGAUGUUAUCCUGACGUUUAGGCUAAAUCCAAUUGCCUGGACAGCUGAUAUCCGACAAGCAUUUUUAAUGGUAAAAUUGCUAAACGAGGACGUGGAAGCGUUAAGGUUCCUUUUAGAAGACGAAAACGUCCCAGGAACGCUGCAGACCUACAAAUGGAAUAGACUACCAUUUGGGCUAACAUGUAGCCCGGCAGUGCUCAGGACCGUCCUAAAGAAACACCUCGAGUCAUACAAAGGCGAACUAGCAGUAAGCAGUCGCCAAAUGUUACGGCAUCUAUAUGUAGACGACUACUUGUCAAAUGCGCCUACAUUAGAAGCAGCAAAGACCGUAAUCGGUACGGUACUCAAACUUUUUUCAGACGCAAAGAUGGAAUUGAGAAAAUGGGUAACAAACGACCCGCAGCUGCGAGAGUAUCUACAACAGAGCAAUUUGACAGACGACUCAUCCGAUUCGUACUCGUGUCUUAAUUUAGACCCACAAAAAGGAACUAGUAAUGCAGCCGCAAAAGUAAAAGUGCUAACAAAAAGAUCGUUUGCUAAAAUCUCGACCAAGCUUUUCGACCCCCUUGGAUUCAUUGGACCCAUAACACUACAGUUCAAGCUACUCUUCCAGGAAUUGUGGCAAGAAAAAAUCGGAUGGGAUGACAAUGUGAAUUCACAAACGGAGAGUCGAUUCAGAGCUAUAGUGGAAGAUUUGAAAGGUAUAGAAAGAAUCCAAAUACCUCGCAUGAUCUCAACAGCACCGACAGAUGUAAUUCAAGAAUUACAUGUAUUCUGCGACGCUUCAACAAAAGCGUACGGAGCUGUAGCAUACGCCAAGUCAAGAAAUCCUGGAUUCAUCCGACUUGUUUGCUGUAAAACUAGGGCAGCACCACUCCCGAAAAACGAAGUUUCACUACCAAGGCUAGAACUGCUUAGCGCCGAACUCAGCAGUGUCUUAGGUGAACGAAUCGUAAACGCAAUUGACAAAGUGAAGUGGGAAGUGACACUAUGGACUGACUCUAUGGCAGCGUUAGGUUGGAUCAAAGGAGAUCCAGGGCGAUGGAAACUAUUCGUACGGAAUAGAGUAGAGACAAUUCAGAAGAGAUUCAAACCAGAACACUGGAAACACUGUCCUGGAAAAGACAACCCAGCGGAUUUCGCAUCUCGAAGUUGCUCCGUCAAGAAGUUGACAGAGGCUUUUUCCUGGUGGGGAGGUCCCUCCUGGCUGAAACAAGAAUCGUCUGAAUGGCCUCAGCAAGACAACCCAACUUCGGAUGACCUACAAUUAAUGGAAGCCGAAACGAAAUCCAAACAGAGAAUGCAAAUUCUAGCAGUUUUCAACAUGCCAGAUUGGUUGGAUUCACUGGUUUUGAGAGUAAGCAGUUAUCUGCGAUUACUGAGAACAAUAGCCUGGAUGUACAGACUCAUGAAGAAGUUACCGCCCGGUAAGGCAAUAGAAACAGUCGGAGUAGCAGAAAUUCAUUGCCUCUCUGUCUGCGAAAUCAGCACCGCCGAAAACUUCAUUCUAAGGACUAUUCAACAGAAAACGUUCCCAGAAAUUUAUGGAUCCCUUAAAGAAGGAAAAUCCAACAAGAAACUGCUACGCGAUCUCGACACAUUACGACCAAUUUGGGACGAAAAACAACAACUGAUACGAGUGACAGGUAGAGUAGGUCCAGCCUUAAGAGACCUACUUAUUGAACCGCCGAUACUUCUCCCUGCAAACGAGAGAAUAGUCGACUUGCUGAUCCACCAUCAUCAUGUCAAACGGAAACACACCGGUGUUCAAUCAACAUUAACCUAUCUCCGUAAUCGGUUCUGGAUUAUUCGUGCUCGACAACGCAUCAAGAGUGUCAUCAAGCAUUGUGGAAAAUGCCAACGAGCUCAAUCGCACCCUUUCGACGAAGAAGCCGCCUCCAUGCCUUUGGAUCGUACCAAGAAGGCACAGCCAUUCGAAAUCAUUGGAAUUGAUUAUUUCGGGCCGAUGUACGUUUUGGAAGAGGUCCUUUUGAUUGAGAAAGACAAGGAAGGGAACGAUGUCGAGAAAACUCGAAUUGGUGAAAAAAAGGUGCACGCGUGUUUAUUCACUUGUGCCGUCACAAGAGCUGUACAUCUUGAGCUCGUGACAGACCUUACCACGAAAACGUUCAUGCUCGCUCUACGCAGAAUGAUGUCCAGAAGAGAAGAUUGUAAGAAAAUCUAUAGCGAUAACGCAUCAACAUUCACAUGCGCCGCUAAACUUGUAACAGAAGACCCUACUUUAGCAAAUUGGCUAUCAAACGCACAAGCGUAUGAAGUGCUAUCUCCACAAAGACUUUUGACUGGAAGACAGCCUGGCGCCACGACGGAGACUUCCGAGCUGACCACAAUGAGCCGCAACGAGCUGAUCGACUUAGAUAAGCAACGUAGCGAACACGCUCUAAUUUGGUGGAGGCUAUGGCAAGAAUCUUACUUGUCCGACCUAAAAAGAUUCCAUUGUCGCAAGGGAAAGGGUACUAGAAUCCCCCGCGUUGGAGAAAUCGUCCUGCUAAAGGAGCCAAAUAUCAAGCGUGUUUCGUGGCCUACGGCCAUUAUAACUGAAUUGAUUCCCGGCUAUGACGGCAAGAUACGAGCUGUAAAGUUACGUCUUCGUUCAGAAAAGGAAACAACACGAGGUCUCCAGACCAUUUAUCCAUUGGAAAUUCAACAUGACGUGGAUCCGCCCGUCAAUGUUUCCGUAGACGGAUCUAGAGAAGCCGAGGCUGGCCAAGAAGAAGGAGGUGCAUCCGCGCCUAAGAAGAAACCCCCCCGCAAGAAGAAAAAGGAAUCGCCGAGGAGGACUCGCGAUUCCG